AUGGACGCCGAUGAUGAUGAUUAUGGUGACAUAGCUGAUGAGGACUUGAUUGAAGCCUUCAGUCCGGCUUCGCAGAAGCUCCCGCCGCUGCCAGGGAAACGUCGACGUGGUUCAUGCGACGAGGGUGGCAAUUCCGGCGAAGAGGAAGAGUACGACAGGCAGAAGAAGAAGAAACACCGAAUUCACAUCACUGAGCAUGAUGUCCCAGCCGCGAAAAUCAUUGGGGCCACCCAAGCAGAAGCCCUCCCUGGUUCAAGCCCAUGGAGAAUCCGGGGCCCUAUAUACAUCAAGCCGAGGCCAGAACCCGUGAUCAAGCCUCCGGUAUUCUCUACGACUCCUAAACGGGUUGCACCUCCAGCGAGCUUCUUCCAGAGACGAAAAAGCCACCCCUCACAGGAAAAUACUACCCGGGGACAAAUCAAUAAUCGCUCACACGGCAACCCCGCCCCAGACCAUGACUACAGUCGAGAAUUAGACGACCUACCAUCUGACGCUUUCUCGUCUCCAGAAAAUCAAGGAUCGAAUGAACCUAUUCUCGUAGGCUCCUCUCCUCUUAGAGCCAGUCAAAUGGCGUAUUUCCAAAAGCAGCGGCUCGUUCCUCCACAGCAAGGACUCCGCCAGACGACCUUGUUCGGUGGUCGUGCUCCAGAUGAGGUCUCUGCGUCGCAGGCGAAGAAGGUCUUCAACUUCAAGGUUGACAAGCCGCCGGAAGCACCUACCCAACACGUCCUGGACCAAGAAGCUUUGAAGACGUGGGUGUAUCCGACCAAUCUAGGCGCGAUUCGAGACUACCAGUACAGCAUCGUCAGGCAUGGAUUGUUUCACAAUCUUCUGGUUGCUCUUCCCACUGGUCUUGGAAAAACCUUCAUUGCGGCUACAAUCAUGUACAAUUUUUUUCGUUGGACCAAACAUGCACAGAUUAUCUUUGUUGCCCCGACCAAACCUCUGGUUGCUCAACAGGUAGAUGCAUGUUUCAACAUUGUCGGCAUACCGAGAUCACAGACUACGAUGCUCACAGGCGAACAACCUCCAGCCUUGAGAGCCGAAGAGUGGGAUGCAAAGCGAGUCUUCUUCAUGACGCCACAAACGCUUCAGAACGACCUGGUGAGUGGAAUUGCAGAUCCAAAAAAGAUUGUCCUGCUGGUAGUGGACGAAGCUCAUAGAGCAACUGGAAACUACGCAUAUACCACAGUCGUCAAUUUCUUGCGCCGUUUCAACAACAGCUUCCGUGUACUUGCCUUGACAGCCACUCCUGGAGCCAGUGUAGAGGCCGUUCAGGAGGUCAUCGAUAACUUGCAGAUUUCGAAGGUUGAGAUCCGUACCGAAGAGUCGAUAGAUAUCCAGCAAUACGUGCAUCAGCGGAAUAUCGAUCAAGUAAUUCUCGAUCCUUCGGAUGAGAUCAUCAAGGCGAAAGAGCUCUUCUCCAAGGCACUCCAGCCACUUGUGACACAGCUUUGCGGACAGAACGCAUACUACAAUAGAGACCCAAUGUCGCUCACCACGUUUGGUAUGCUACAAGCACGGAAGAAGUGGAUGAUGGACCAAGGUCGAAACGCCAGCAUUCCACAUAAGUACAUGAUGAAUGCCCUAUUUUCUAUUCUUGGCAGUGUUGCUCACAGCAUCAAACUACUCAACUUUCAUGGAAUUGGACCCUUCUACGAGGCUAUAAAAGAGUUUCAACAUGGCUCGGAAGACAGCAAAAAGCCAUCGAAGUACAAAACCCAGAUCACUCAAAGUCCAGAAUUCAAGAAGAUGAUGGACAUAAUCCAUCUUUCGCGUAGCAAAGAUGAUUCCGUUGGCCACCCGAAACUGACUCAUCUGUGUGACACUAUUUUGAACCACUUCAUGGAUGCGGGAGAAGGCAGGCUGGGGGAGGAUGCCCCACCUUCAAGUACUCGAGUAAUCGUAUUUGCGGAAUACCGUGACAGUGCCGAAGAGAUUGCCCGUGUUCUUAAUAGGCAUGGUCCCUUGGUCAGGGCCUCUGUCUUUGUCGGACAGGCGGAUUCGAAAAGAUCGGAAGGAAUGAACCAGGCGAAGCAACAGGAGACUAUCAAUUUCUUCAAGACUGGAAAGUUCAACGUCCUUGUGGCGACCUCAAUUGGUGAGGAAGGUCUAGACAUUGGCCAGGUAGAUCUGAUCGUGUGCUAUGAUGCAUCUGGCUCUCCAAUACGCAUGCUGCAGCGAAUGGGACGAACAGGAAGAAAGAGAGCGGGCCAUAUCGUCUUGCUUUUGAUGCGUGGGAAAGAAGAAGACGCUUUCCGCAAGGCCAAAGACAACUACGAGCAGAUGCAGAAGAUGAUUAGCUCAGGAGAACGCUUCAGAUUCCGACACGACCUCUCGGUUCGAAUUGUUCCCAGAGAGGUCAAUCCAGUUGUGGAUAAGAGGCAAAUCGAGAUUCCUUUCGAGAAUACCCAAGGCCCAGCACUGCCCGAACCGAGACGACGAGCGACCAAAGGAAAGGCCAAGAAGCGCGAGAAGAAGUUUCACAUGCCAGAUGGUGUAAUAACGGGGUUCCACAAGGCCUCCAGAUUGACAGAAGACGGCGGUAUCCUGGAAGAUUUUGGAGUAACAGUGGAGCCUAAAGAGCGCAAGAAAGCGCCAGCGAAGGAUCUGCUGGCUCCUAUCAUCCCGCCGGAAUCGGUGUUCCUUACCCCUGCAGAAGACAGAGAAUUUGUGGACCGAUACAUCAACGUUUGCGGCAAUGAAUCCCAAGAAGUCAGCGUACCUGAUAUGGGUGCUCAUACGACAGCUCAACGAACUCUUGGUCCGGCUGUCAACGUCCCUCAUGGCCACUUUACGAGCAAAUGCGUAGAUCUUUUCAGAAAAUUGGCGGACUCCCAAAGCGUCGAAGACCGUUAUGUUAAGCCAUACGGAGAUGUGGAGCCCUCUCGGGGAUUCUGGGACCCGCAGUACCUUAUUGAAGAUGAGGCAAAGGCAUUGAAAGCUCUAGCACGAUCUCGUCACAAUGAAGGCGAGACUCCCACACCGAAAGCCACAGCAAUGGAGCGGAAAAAUCAAUGGCCUGAGAAGGAACCGGCCCAGAGAAUGGCCAUGUUCAUUUCUGACAUCGACAGUGAGGGCGAUGAUAAUAAUCCCACAUCUUCUGUAUGUCGUGCUCGCCGGAGACGAGAUGGAUUCUCUUCGGAUAGCGAGGGAGAAGGAGACCUGAUUCGCAGCGAAGAUCGCUCCGAGGACGAAGACUCCGAUCUUGGUAGUCUUCGGAAUUUCAUCGCUGACGGAACUCAAUACGUCGAAUCCAGUGCCGCGAGAUCCAGAAUGAGGGGGUCUUCAACAUCGCCGCCGGAAGCAACUCCGAAGGCUAGACCGUUCUUCGUGCCGACUCAGUUCUCGAAUACGCAGGAUGAUGAGGAUGAUGAUGAGAUACCUGAUUUGCAGACUUUAAUUGGGGGAAAGGGCAAGUCGGAUCCGGCUCCAAUUAGCCCAGAUCAUUCGAAAGCGCCUGUGAGGAUCGGGUCCGAUGAGCAAACGGAAGACGAUGAGGACGAAGAACCGUUGCAGCCGCCGAGGAGGAAGAAGAGGAAGGUUGUGGAGGAUGAUAGUGAUGAGUGA